UUCAUAACUUCGUAUCUUCUUCUUCUUCUUCUUAAUCUACUUCUGCAACAAAAAAAAAAAAAAUGGAUGCAUUGAAGAAGCCCAACUGUGCAAACUCAAGCCCUCUCACACCUCUCGGAUUCAUUGAGAGGGCGGCCACCGUAUACGGCAACUCUCCGUCAAUAGUAUACAACAAUCUCACUUACACAUGGACCCAAACUUAUCGUAGAUGUCUCCAACUAGCUUCAUCCAUCUCCCGUCUCUCCAUCGGAAAAGGCGACGUCGUUUCAGUCCUCGCUCCCAACAUCCCCGCUAUAUACGAGCUUCACUAUGCUAUCACCAUGACCGGCGCAAUAAUCAACACGAUCAACACCCGUUUGGAUGCACGUUCCAUCUCCGUCAUAAUCCAACACAGCGAGUGUAAACUCCUGUUCAUUGAUUACCAGCUCACUCGUGUCAUCCAAGAAGCCAUUUCUUUGCUUCCGGAUCAUUGUCCUCACCCGAUACUGGUCCUAAUUGCAGAUGACGGACCAGUAUCUUUACCUAUAGGUAAAUUUAUUAAUACUUAUGAAGCUAUGGUGGAGGCUGGGGAUCCGGGAUUCAUUUGGGUCCGACCCGAAAGUGAUUGGGACCCAUUAGUGUUAAAUUACACGUCGGGGACUACCUCCGCACCAAAAGGUGUGGUCCACUGCCAUCGUGGCACUUUCAUCGUAGCUAUGGAUUCGCUCCUGGAGUGGGGGGUCCCUAAACAACCGGUAUACUUGUGGACCCUACCAAUGUUUCAUGCGAAUGGGUGGAGUCACGUCUGGGGUAUGGCUGCGCUUGGUGCCACCAAUGUUUGUCUCCGUAAAUUUGAUGCGUCCACCAUAUACAAAGCAAUUCAUACUCAUCACGUGACACACAUGUGUGGCGCACCGGUAGUGCUAAAUAUGCUAUCGAAUGGUGAGCCGUUAAGCCACACGGUUCAUCUUUUGACCGCAGGCGCGCCACCGCCUGCUGCCGUGUUGUUACGGGCAGAGUCUCUAGGGUUUGAUGUGACCCAUGGGUAUGGGUUGACGGAAACGACUGGGCUUGCCCUUUCGUGUUCGUGGAAGAGCGAAUGGAAGCGGUUGCCAGCGACCGAAAAAGCUCGAUUAAAAGCGCGACAGGGGGUUAGAACCAUUGGGAUGACUGCGGUGGAUAUUGUGGAUGCUGAGUCGGGAGUGAGUGUGCCUCAUGACGGGUUGACUCAGGGAGAGAUAGUGUUGAGAGGUGCGUGUUUAAUGUUGGGUUACUUGAAGGACCCUGAGGCAACAUCCAAAUGCAUUAAAAACGGGUGGUUUUACACCGGCGAUGUAGGAGUGAUGCACGCGGAUGGGUAUAUCGAAAUCAAGGACAGGUCAAAAGACGUCAUCAUUAGUGGCGGAGAGAAUAUUAGCAGCGUGGAAGUGGAGUCGGCUUUGUACUUGCAUCCUGCAGUGAAUGAGGCCGCGGUAGUGGGACGGCCUGAUGAGUUUUGGGGGGAGACGCCGUGCGCAUUUGUGACUCUAAAGGAUGAUUGCGGGCAACCUCGGCCAACCGGGGAGGAGAUAAUGCGGUUUUGUAAAGGUAAGCUGCCAGGUUUCAUGCUUCCAAAGUCCGUCGUUUUCAAGGAAGAGCUUCCAAAGACAUCUACCGGCAAGAUUCAAAAAUAUGCACUUCGAGAAUAUGUUAAAAACAUGGGAUUUCCUGUAAAAAGUCGAAUCUAAAUCGACCAAUUAAUUUUAUAAAAAAAUGUGUAUCAAAAUAAAUUAUACAUAUAUUAAUUAUGGAAAAAAAUUGUCUCACAUAGUUACUAUAGAAUUGGUUUGUAAAUAUUUCAUUUGUACCAUGAGUUUUUUUUUU